AUGUCCAAGCCAAAAUUGUAUUAUUCACUAUUUAGCCCGCCGGCCCGGGCUUGUAUGCUAACCGCCGAGUUAAUUGGACUCGAUUUGGAAUUGAUGUUAGUGAAUAUGGCGGCGAAACAGCAUCUAACACCGGAAUAUCUGGCGCUAAAUCCGCAGCAUCAAAUACCUGUGUUCGUGGAAGAGGACAAUGAGGUCUUCAUAGAUAGCCAUGCGAUUAUGGCUUACAUGAUAUCUAAAUAUGGCAAAAACGAUGAAAUGUAUCCCAAGGAUUUAAAGAAGCGUGCACGCGUCGAUCAUAUGCUUCAUUUUGAAAAUGGCGUACUUUUUCAAGUAAUCAAAGAUAUGGUGCGUCGCAAUAUCUACGGAGGCGAAGGCGAAUUUAACAAGAUAACUCUAGAUCUCUGCGACAAUGCUUAUACUUUUCUGGAGGCCUUCCUUGGUAAAAGUAAUUUCUUUGCUAACAGCGAAACACUCACCAUUGCCGAUGUCUCCAUCAAUACGACGCUAGUUUCGCUCGAUAUGCUCAUACCAGUCGAGAAGAAUCGAUUCCCGCGACUUCAAGCUUGGAUGGAGCGCAUGAAAGUUUUGUUGCCCUCAUAUGAAGAGGUGAAUCUUAAAGGUGCGAAGGUGCUGUGCGACCGCAUAAGGAAUUGCAUGCGAGAGAACAAAGUCAAAACGGAGAGCAAUACUGAAUAUGACUAGACAUUUGUACAUACAUACAUAUAUGCAUACGUUAUGUAUAAGUGUUCACUUAUAAAUUAAUAUUAUGCCCCACUCGAAUUUAUUGUUCAACUCUUCUUCUAAAUAUAUAUUAAUAAAUAUUUAUUUUUGUAGUUAAAUACAUAUAUAAAGUAA